AGUUACCUUCUUACGGAGAUUCUCGUAUUAAACACCGAUAUCAUCAUAUCAAAUCAAGACAUCACAAAUUUGAGAGGCAGUGAUGAUCAAGCUGUUCGAUGCACACUGUCACCUGCAGGACUCCAGAAUUUUAAGUAAGACCCCUCAAUUGGUCAAGGCAGCCCAAGAUGUUGGAGUUGUGUGCUUUGCGGUUAAUGGAGUUUCCGAGAAAGACUGGCACCUGGUUAAGGAGAUGAGCGAAAACCAUCCUUCCGUCAUUCCCUGCUUCGGUCUCCACCCAUGGUUUGUCGCGCAGAGGAGCCCCAGUUGGUUCAAGACCCUGAAAGAAUAUUUUGAUGCUACACCCUCUGCUGCAGUAGGAGAGAUUGGUGUGGACAAAGGAUCUCGUGGAAGGCAGAUUGAUUUCUCAGAGCAGGUUCACGUAUUACGGCAGCAACUUGAACUUGCGAAAGAGUUGAACAAGCCAGCAUCUGUCCACUGUGUUCGAGCUUUUGGUGACCUUCUAGAGCUGAUGAAGUCCAUUGGGCCUUUCCCUGCCGGUGUCAUUCUCCAUUCCUACCUAGGUUCUGCCGAGAUGGUUCCCGAAUUUUCCAAGCUGGGUGCUUACUUUUCCUUCUCUGGGUUCCUUAUGUCACUAAAAGCAAACAAGGCGAAGAAAAUGCUGAAGAUGGUAUCAUCUGAUAGGAUUUUAUUGGAGACAGAUGCCCCAGAUGCUCUACCAAAUUCAAACAUAGAUUCUGUCUUUUUAAUUGAAGGAGAUGCUUCUCUCCCUGAACAUAUGCGUGGCCAUUCAACUCCAUCAACUUCUGGCUCCUCCACAGAUGCCUCAAUUUUGCCAAAAGAAACGCUUAAUCAUCCAGCAAACAUUCGCAACGUGCUUGAUUACGUUGCAUCCCUGUUAGAGAUUUCUAAAGAAGAACUUGCUGAACGAAGUUACCAGAAUGCAGUCCGUCUAUUCUCAUACGAAGGUUCCAAGGUCCUUCAAAUGUGAUCAAAAUCACGACCAGAGGUUGUUGGUUGCUUGUCUUGGUUUGCUUAUGUUAAUCUGCCUGAUGGCCUGCCAAAUUUUGUCAACUGCAAGAUGUGAAUGAAUUGAUUAACGUUGGCGAUACCAAAUUAUUAGCCAUAAAAUAAAGAGGACCGUUAAAGAGGAA